UUCUUCCCCGUGCCGUGGCAGGUUGGGUCGUUGUCCCCAUAGCACAUCCAUGAUAUUCCAAGCUUCUCUUUAAAAGGGACCACCUUUUGCUGCCCCCCUGACCCGAGUUCUCUCCUCUCCUCUCCUAGUCUCCUCCCUCCCAUGCACGCCGCCCAUGGUGGAGGUGGAAGGCAACCAGUAACCAUCUUGCCAAUCUCGAGUUCUCAGCUUGUGGUCACAGGUGGAGAUUGGCCACUUCUUGCCUACCUGGUACGUGCUAAUGACCAGCUAGCUAGAAUGGUACGAGGCUGAGCGAGUGAGUGGAAGCUUGGUUGGUAGGUAGGAGAAGGCUCUCAUGGCGCUGGAAGCUGUGGUGUUCCCGCAGGAGCACCUGUCGUGCGCUGCCGCCAUGUACGCGGCGCCGCCGUCGUCGCUGGGAUGCGGCGUUGACAUGGACGAGUUCGAGGAGAACGGUGGUGUGGUGCUGCAAGAGGAGGCCGGAGUGGCGGUGCACGGCGGCGGCGGCGGUGGCGCUGGUGGGAUGAUGAGCCUCUGGGUCAACGCGGCGACCUGCGCGCGCUCCAUUGCUGCUUCCGGCGCCGUGGAGGAGUUCUGGGACGAGAGGCAGUACCCCGUGUCGUCACCGCCGGCGGCGCCGACGCCAGCAGCGUCCGGCGGUGGUGGCGGCCACGCCAAGGCGGCCGCGCGGAGGCGGCGGCGGCGGCCCAAGGUGGUGAAGAACAAGGAGGAGGCCGAGAGCCAGCGGCGCAACCACAUCGCCGUGGAACGCAACCGGCGGCGGCAGAUGAACGAGUACCUCGCCGUGCUCCGCUCCCUCAUGCCGCCAUCCUACGCGCAGCGGGGUGACCAGGCGUCGAUCGUCGCCGGCGCCAUCAACUUCGUCAAGGAGCUGGAGCAGCUGCUCCAGUCGCUAGAGGCCCAGAAGCGUCGCGCCGAGCACGCGCCGCCGGCGCCGCCGUUCGCCGGGUUCUUCACGUUCCCUCAGUACUCUACCACAGUUGGUGACAACAAUGCGGCCGGCUCUGGCGCCGCCGACGGCGAGGGCGGCUGCGGCGCGCGGCCCGGCGCGGCCGACAUCGAGGUGGCCAUGGCGGAGAGCCACGCGAACGUGAGGGUGCUCGCGCCGCGGCGGCCGAGGCAGCUGCUGAGGAUGGUGGUGGCGCUGCAAUGCCUCGGCCUCACCGUGCUCCACCUCAACGUCACCACCACCGCCGACCAUUUGGCGCUCUACUCCUUCAGCCUCAAGAUGGAGGAUGAAUGCCGGCUUUCGUCAGUCGACGAGAUCGCCGGCGCCGUCAAUCAGAUGGUCACGAAGAUCGCUGGCGAGUGCAUUAGUUAGUUAAUUAGCUUGAAAAAAAAAGAGGUGUUUUUGUGCGUGUAUGUGUUUGUAGCAAUUAAUCCCGUCCUAGUACAUGGAUAAUUCAGGCGAUUUGAGCCAUUGUCAGGGUAGUACAAUACUAGCUGCCCGCCAUGUUUGCGUGCAAGUAAUUAAACAUGUAUCAAUCAGCGGAUCAGAUCUGCUUAACUGAAUUUUCAAAGUACAUAUGUAAGCAUCCAGCUCGUCGAGUCACAUCUCGCAGCACCAAUUAUUUAGCACCUGCGUGUGCCUACGGGUGAUCAA